CAUUGAUUUACGUAAGAAUAAUGGAACAAAUCGAACAAUAGAUAAUAGUAUGCUUUAUAUUAUGAAUUUUAUCAAGUAGAUUUCCCAUUUGUAUUUUUUUCUCAAGGUCCUAUUCAAUCGAAUUAUCGUUAUUCAUCUUCAUCAUCAUCAGCGUCACCACCAAGUUCACCGCAUUGUUUAAGUCCACCGAAAUCAAUUACCAUUGAUCCAAAUAAUGAUUUUGUUUGUAUACCAAAAAAAUUAAUGCCUGUUAUUGGUGCACGUAUUAAUGAUUGGCUUGAACGUAAUAUUAAUUUUACAUUAUCACUUUCUAUUAUACGAGAUACAUUUGAUGAUAAUAAUAAAAAUAAAUAUUUACUUCUUUCU